CAAACCUGUAAAAAAAACUCCUAAAUAACCACGUGACCGUUGUAUUGUUGAUUCUCUUUUGUGUUCGAUAUCGUUUCAUUCUUUCACGUCCUUGCCUUGACGCAGGACGCCAUAAUGCGUCGUACAUGUAACUUUGACUAUCAUGUUAAUGGGAUGAAUUUCCCUCCUCUGAUUUAAGGGACGCUUAGGGAUACCUGUCGGUCAUCAGAAAUCAACCUGACACCACCAAUCGGUAUUAGCAGUAUUAGAGGACUGACCUCAUUAUAUUGAUAAGGAUUUGGAGCUUUGCAUAGGCCUAUGUAAAAGACUGCAAACACUGUGUCGAACUUAAAGUUGGCGUGUUGCUGAGUAUAGGAGCAGUUAAUUCCACUGAAGUUUAAUUUGUGUUUCGAUAACUGAAUUUACGAUCAAGUCAGGAAAGAGAGGAUAGCGACAUCAGAUAAAAUGUUGGAAAACGUUCGACGCAAUCAUUUCCUUGUCCUAUUUAUUGUAAUGGUAUGUUUGCUGGUACCUAUGUUGUACCUGUCAAACGUGUGUGGUAUAAAUUCAUCUGUAAAAUGUUGGCUGAUCAAUGAUGCACCAAAACCCAGACCCAAGUUUAUGGUCAACAAUAUUAAAAAGAUGCCGGAGUAUAUUCCAACCAAGCUUAGUGACUUCAAGCUGGCAUCGCAAUUGGAGGUUUUGAAACAAUGGGAGGAUGACUAUUUCUCAAAGGUUCUCAAAUAUCCCCAAAUAACUGUUUUAGUUCUAAAGGCUAAUCCAAAUGACCCAAUAUCAAAUACGCCAAUCGAUAAAGCGUUUAAUUGGACAGGAUCAAAACUUAUGUGUAAGAAUUUACAAGACCCACCAAAGAAAAAUUUUCUUCAUCUGUACAACAAGUCUUGCACUACAGACUUGUCAGCUGCAUUCAAGCCAAUCAAAUUAGAAGAGUUUUAUUUUAAAAACCCGGAAAGAUUAGACUCAAAUCGUAGACCUCGUGUGGCAACAUUCUUGACUAAAGUGUCAAGAGGCCUGAUAACAGCUAAUCAUGGGCAUGUAAUUAGUGCUAACUUUAAAAUUGUUGCUACACAGUGCAAUUAUCCAGACUUGGGGAAACACCCCCCUGCUAACCUUAAACCUCCAACUAAUGUGGAAGACACUGUGUUUGUAUUGUCCCAGUAUUGGGGUACUAACAUCUUCCACUCGAUGAUGGAGGAGUUUACACGAGCAAGUUUCUAUAUCAACUUCCUUAGAAGACACAAGGACAUCAAAAUACACAUUUAUAAUGUUGGGAUAGUUAAAAAUAUUUUGAAACACCUUGGAAUUGACCCCUCCAGAAUAGUCUCAGGGCACGUGUGGGCCAAGACGAUAUAUCUCCCAGAAGGUACAACAUGUGGAAGAGCCAGACCUAUACAUGCUCAAUUCCUCUCCAAACACCUCAGACAACAAAUUGAUGAAAAGUUUCAUCAGAAUGAAAGAAACAGUGUGGUUUUAAUCAAAAGAAACCCUGGGGCUUUAAGACACUAUUCCCACCACACAGAGUUACAGAAUUUCAUGGAGAAAUUUGUCCCAGCUCUAGGUUUCAGAUUUGAAUUGUUUACUGAUUCACCAUUACCUUCUUUCAAUGACAUAGCUGCCAUGUUUAAUCGUGCAGUAAUGGUGGUUGCCCCACACGGGGCAGGUCUGUCCAACAUGCUGUUCUCAAAACCUGGAACAUUUAUUGUGGAAUUGGUUUGUAAUUGGAUUCAUAUAAAUUUCUGCUAUCAAAAUUCUGCCCAUAUCCUUGGACAUCGGUGGCAUGGAAUCUCUGGUGUAUCUGGCUGUGAAGGUGUCAUCGACCUACCAACAGAUGAAAUAGAGAAAUCAAUCAAAUUCUAUCUUACAUGGAUUAAAGAACAUAGAAAAGAAUGGGAAAAAAGUGUUGCUCCUCCAAACAAAAAUUAUUACCUUACCUGGAAAAUUGAACAUGUUGGCAAUCUUACUUUUACAGAUUUUAUUGAAAACACAGAUGACUGGUUGAAAAUGCUGCAACCAUAACAACGGUCAAUUAAUUAUGGGCAUCAUGAUAAUCUGUGCUUAGUUUCUCUAGUAUAUAAGGAGUAGAUAUAAGUUCUUUAAUGUGAUAUUACAGCAUAUACAUGUUAACUAUACAGUAUUACUAUUUAAUACUACAUGUAUACUAUUUGCAGAGCUGCAAUGCUCAGUUAUCUUUUUUUAAAGUUUCAGUUUACCCUAUUUUUUCUGGGAUUUAUAACUAUAUUGUUUGGUAAAUUAUAUUAGAAUUUUUACUAAUGUAAAAUGAAUUGUAUAAUAACCCAGAGGAGAAAUUACGUUGUUUCAAUGUUAAAGCAAUGUUCAAGGUAAGCAAUAUUGAGAUGUUGUCAUUAGUUUGCCAGGCUUAUAGGUAACAAAGUUUGAUCAAUAUCAAAUAUGUAACAGUUUGUUUUCAGUUUUAAGAAGUCAGCAACUUGUUUUCAGUCUUAAGAAAUCAGAAUGAUAUGGAUUUAAAAAAAAAUUCUAACAGGAUUUUUAUUCCUGUUGUAAAAUUCUCAACCUCGAAUUGGUCACUUAUGCUUCCCCUUAGCAAAUUGGAUACAUCAACUCAAUUACAGUCAUGUCAGAAUUUCUGAUAAAUUGAGAUUCCUUCUUGAAGUUAUGAUGGCAAACUAAUUGUUUAAUGUUUGUUUCUGGGGUGUUUCUGGAGACUGUGUGGUGAAAGCAAUUGCUCAUGGCAGCAGAUCAGCCCAUUUGCCAUUCACUGUGGUGUCAAAACCACCCAGUGGUUCUGAAGGAAAAUAUGAGGAUACAGAUGAUUGCUUGCUACAGCCUAUAUACUGAUAAUGACCAUUAUAUUAUACGGCAGUGCCCAACUUAAUUGUUCCAGGCCAAGACAACCAUUUCUUUUUUUUUUUUUUGAGAAGUUGAGCAAAUGGACUGCAGGGCCUGUUUAAUUUCUUGAUUUGUAUCCUAUAGGGCAGUGUUUGGAUACUCAAUACUGGGCUGUAUAAAAAAAGGGAACAUUCCCAGACCCUAUUGUACUGUACUAACUGUGGAUCCCUCUUUUCUCGCUUAAUUUCAUUCAACUUAAGCAGCUUAGAUGUCUGUCACGCCUACUGAAGCUGCUAGGGCAUGAUCAUCUGUAAAUGUCGGGUUGUAAAAUUUGAGAGAAAUGACAUUUCAGGUAUUUUUAUUUGAUUGAUUUAAUUACAUUCAUGUCCAUUUGA